AAUGUACAAUAUAUUGGGAAAUAUAAGUUGUUAUCUCCCUUUGCAAAUAAAAACAAAAAUGGUUGUUGACAGAAUGUAGUACUGUAAGAAUGCCAUGUGACCUGCAAGGGGUCUAAGACAGAGUUUUUAAGGAUAGAUUGAAAAAAAAAGGAUUAUUGCUGAAGAAGUGCAAAGAAAUAACGAACAAAGAAGAUUCUUCAGAUUGAUGUAAGAAUGAAAAAAAUGAACUUGUUUCUUUUUUGAAAGCAGUCUGUAAUGUGGAAGAAAAAUGGCUUGUGAAGAAAGCAAAGAAACAUGUUGCUUUUUGGGGGUGCAAUAAAAUCUUCACCAGAUAUAGAAUGUUGGUUGUUAAAGGGAGUAUCUUAACCUCAAGCUGAAAAUGGAAAAUAGUCUUCAACAGUUAAACGAGUAUUUGGAAAAGAUUGGAAACUUGGAGUCUGAUGCAAAAGAGCAAUAUGAUACAACAGAAUGUGAUGAACCAAAGGAAAAGCGUGAAUGCUGUAGAGGGUUAGAGAAAUCCAAGGAUGUUGAUGUUAAAAAGGAGAAAUCCAAUAUAAAAGAACAUGAUGUUAUUUCUUCACUGUGUGAAGAUCACGAGAAAUCCAUAACAUUUACAAGGGACUUUACACCCACUUUGCAUAAUACUGAUGAUUUACAUACAAAAUCUUACAAUGGAUAUGCUGAUACUGAUGAUAAUGAUUUUACAGUAUCAGUUGACAUGGAUGAUGAGUUGGAAAGUACAUGUCCUGCAGUUGCUCAUACAUCACCAGGAUCUGUUUUCAUUGACAAUGUAAAAACUGAAUCUCUCCAUUUUGAAGAAUCUGAAGAAGCAGUUAUUGAGCUAGCAGAGAUUGGGCUAAAUGAGGAGAGUUUACAAAAUUAUGCCAUAUCUGGCGCACUGUCAACCAGUACAAUGGCUACCAACAAGGACAGUGAAGGAUUAGUUCAUCCAGUAGCCUUGAAGAAAUCUGCAAUAUCUCACAAAAAGCCAGAUUCCAUUAUACCACAACAACCCAAGGGCCAAGUGACAACCUUGCUUGACCUCUCUAGUAUUACAGAAUUAAAGAAACUUUGGGUGAAGAAAGAUAAAGUGAAUAAAAGUGUUAAGGUCUCAUCAAGCAAACAAGUGAAUAACAGAUGUAAUUUAUUUAAACCCAAGAAAACGUCAACAACCAUACAAAAUCCAAGACCUGUCGAAACUAGUGUUGUCAAAAAGAAAGAAGUAAAUGUAAAAAUCAAGGCUAUCGUACCAAGUAAAUCAGCGGCUACAAAGAUUGAAAGUCAAAGCAGCAAGAGUACAAAAUUGAAAGAAGCCAAUUUUGCUACAAAAAAAUGUACUGUUAAGCUUGUAAGAGUUGAAAAUUUGCCAAAUGAUGAAAACCUUAGAAUUGAUCUCUCUACACCAAAGAUCAGUAUACUAAAUAAACUUGAAAAGUCUGUUCCUGAAAAGUCAAGGAAAAGGUGUUUCAGUAAAAACACAGAUGAAUCAAAACAACAUGUGGAAACUUUAAAUGCUACUCAAGUUAAGAAAGCUAGGGCAUUAUCUUUAGGAAAACAACAAAACAUAAGUUCAGAAACCAAAACAAUGUUAAAGACCCAAAAGAAAUUAUCAGUGUAUUCUAAAAAGAAUACAAAGCAAAAUAAUACUGUCGGAUCUCAAGAUACUAAAGGUAAUAAAGCAACUGGUAACAAAGUAAUAGAAAGUGGAGAAAAUGAGAUAGAUGAACAAAAUUAUGAGGAUGUAAACAGUAUGGAAAGUGAAUUUGGCAUGUCAGAUGAUAAAGAAGGUGAAUCUUACUUAGUAAUUAAAAGUGAGGUUGAUGAAGAUUCUGAUUAUGAAGAUGAUGAUGAUUAUAUUCCAUCAGAUGAUGAUAAAGAUGAUGACUACAAUCCAAGGAAAAAAAGGAAAAAGUCUAAAAACAAACCAAAAGUUAAUAUUACAGUGAAACAGGAAUGUGACAAUGAUAUUGUUUAUGGGAUAAAUAAUGGUAAAAGUAAGAAAGUUAAAGGCACUAGAAUUGGCAGGCCGCCUGUGUUUGGACACUUUGAAUGUAAACUGUGCGACUUUACUGCAAAUGAAAAAAAUCUGAUUCAAAAACAUCACUUAAAAAAUCAUCGAAAAAUUUUUGAAUGUAAACCAUGUAAUAAGAUUUUUAAAUCAAUUAAUGGAAUUUUAGAACAUACUGCCUAUAAGCACAAUGGUGGAAAACCUUUUAAAUGUGACCAAGAAGGUUGCGAUUAUGCAUCUAAGAACCCUGUUGAUUUAAAACGACAUCAAUGUAAGCAUGAAACUGAAUUGAGACAUGUUUGUGAUAUAUGUGGUUGGCGUACAAAGUGGCCAAAAAACAUCAGGCACCAUUAUGUAAUGAAACAUUGCGACGAAAGAAAUUAUAAGUGUACAAUUUGUGAAUUUGCAGCAAAACGUAAAAACGAUUUGAAGUUUCACAUGUAUCGCCACUCAGAUGUUAAACCAAUAAAGUGUUUGACAUGUGGUUUCCGAGUAAAAACAAACUUUGAAUUGAAAAGCCAUAUGUUAGUACACACAAAUGAGAGACCAUUUAAAUGCACCUUUCCAGGAUGCAAAAGUGGAACAAAAACAAAAUCGGACCUUACAAAACAUAUGCGUGUACAUCAGACAGAAAGACUUUUCCAAUGUCACAUCUGUUCUAAAAGUUAUAAAGAUCAGGUUGCCUUGAACAAACAUCUUUCUGGAAUACAUGUAGCAGGAAGGAAAUACAAUUGUGAUAUCUGCGGAAAAUCCUUCAAAAAUAGAUACGCAUUAAAGAAGCAUGUUUUCUUACAUUCAGGUUUCAAACCGUAUGAGUGCUCUGUGUGUGGUUGGAAAUUCACCACAAGAACUAACUUAGACAAGCAUAUGGUUACCCAUGACACGAAAGAUAGACCCUACCUUUGUCCUCUAUGUCCAUAUGCUGCUAAGAUUACAGAUCAUCUUCUUGCACAUAUAGGAUCGUUCCAUGGAGACAAAUACGCUUAUUUUUGUGAGUUAUGUAGUAAACCAUUUAAACGAUACAUGCAGCUGAAGUUGCAUUAUGAAAGAAUGCAUUCUAAAGAAGAAGUAGAGAGAUUAAAAAAUCACCCUAAUGCUGAUCUUGCUUUACUUCAGAUGGAAAUUAAGCUUGAGUUAGAAGAGGAUGAAGGACUGAAAAAGAAGAAGAAAACUAAUAAAACAAAGAGUAAACCAUUGAAUGAAAAUUUUGUUAAAACAGAACAACUUGUUAAAAAAGGUUGUGAUUCAGUAAGUUGUGUUAAUGAGGAACAAAAUGAUAAAAGAUUGAAUGAAGAUGCUGGUCAGAUAGAAAUAGUGGAAAAGAAGAAAUCGAAUAAUUCAAGUUCUGAACCAUGUGAGGAAAAUCAUGGAAAUGAGGGAAUAAUUAAUGUGGAAAAUGAUUUAAACAAAGAAUGCUUAGUUGAGGUUAACACUGAACUGGUCAAUACAGAUAAAAAUGAAAGUGAUGCUAAAACAGUGGAUGAUGAUGGUAACAAGAAAGAGAAAGAGAUGGAUAUAAAAGUUGAUGAGAAAAUGGCAGAAAAUGUUUUGAUAACCAAAAAUGAAAGAAGUACAGUGGCUUGCUACAACAAUUUCAGAUUACCAUUAGCUACAAGAGGUUUUAAGUUUAACUAUGACAAGACUGGGAAAAAACCUAAAAAAUCAUGGUUCAUGGACACAUCUCUGAUGGACAAAGAGACUGCAGAAAGACAUAAAAAAUAUGGAAGAAGAGUUGGGCUGUUACCUCCUAUACCAAGGGGGCAUCCCCCGAAAGGCUACAAAAAGCUUAAAAAGUUUGUAGAUAAAAGAAAAAAACAACUUGCUAAAAAUAUCAAGAAGGCAAAGGUUGCUAAAGAUUCAGGACUUCCUGUAGUUGUGAAAAGAAAUUCACCUAGAAGUAAAAGGUUUCCUCAUAAAUACACAGAGUUUGAAACAAUAGAUGGAGAAAUGUUGACAAUUGAACAGGUUCAUGAAAGAUUACCAAAGUCAGAAUCAUACAGGACAAAUGCAAUUGGUCGAAUACCUAAAAAGUCACAACUUUCUACAACACAGCAAACAAAAACAAAAAAUUCAUCUAAAAAACAAAAUGCAUCAAGUAACACAAAGGGUAUUGUCAAUAGCCCAGCAGCAGUAUCAAAGGGUACUUUUAAGCAAAAACAAUCUAUAAAACGUGGACUAAAAACGACAAAGUUGUUACUAUCUACAGAGAAGAAAAGAUUGGGGAAAAUGAAUUUAAACAUAAGAAAGCCUGUUUUAUUUGACAGAAUAGAUGAAAUUGCUCAAGUGCAAGAUAUACAUGAAAGAAGCAGUACCAUGACAGGAGGAAAUAUUUUGUCUCAAUUCAGUCAUAAUAAACAAAAAGAUGGAACUGAAAAUGGAAUAGAAACACAACAAAAUGGCCCAAAGUCUAGGUCGAGAAAUGUUUCAAAGCUAAUUCAAAAUUCUGAAACCCAGAGGGGAAAGAAGGAAGUAAAAAGAACAAAUGGUAAAAAAUAUGUGACAUUAAAAACUAAGAAAGAUAAAGAAGCUAAUGUUUCUCAAAAAGGAAAACAGUGUCAAAAGCGCCCAUACAAGAAAUCUGAUGUCUGUAAAAAAGUGAAUGUAGGUAUAAAAGAUUAUCCUGUUUAUCCUGCAGGUGCCCCUAUACAUGUUCCUGUGAAAAACACUCAGUUAGUUAUGGUUUAUCCAACAAGUAUUCUACAAGAUGUCAGCACGCCUACUGGUAAGUCAAACGAAAUUGACAAUCAGGGUAUACUUAUUAAUUUGAAUGAAGGUGGAAAUUCUGAUGUAACUGACAAUACACCUUAUUGUGACAGAGUAAAAGAAGAUAAUGAAACAGUAGUUGAAGCUCCAAUUAUGGAAAAAAUGGAUGACAAGGGUGACAACUCUGAUAAAGACAUAAUGCUACAAGAAUAUUCAGCUAUUGUGAAACAGGAACCAGGUCUAUCAUUUUACACAAAUUAGCGCAUGAAUCUGAACCAUAACUGAAUGUUGAAAUUAAAGUGACCUGAUUUCUUAUGAGCUUUUAAUUUGUAAUAAAUCAACUUCAUUCAACUAUGUAAAUAAACUGAAUAUUUUUCUCGGUAUCAGCACAUUAUGAAUAAUUUGUAACAAAAUAGGAUAUAGAAAUUUAGUAUUGAUCUUAUUAAAGUUGGUUGUUUUUUGCACAGUCAUUCUGGGAUAGUUUACUUAUUUCCACUAUAGAAUUAUGUUUUACAUGUAUUUGUUUAGUUAGAUAUACUGCAUCUGUGAACACUUCUUUUAUUUGAUAUUUUAGAAAUAUCAACUGUGAAACUAAGAUUCAUAUAUUUGAUAUUUUAGGAAUAUAUACUGUGAAACUAAGAUUCAUUUUUAGCUUGACGAUUCAAUGAAUAGGUAGAGAUAUUGUACUGACCCUGGUGUCAAAGUCGCACUAUGGUUUUUUUUUUGUGUGCAAAUUGGUAUGUUCAAAACCAUUGAAAGGAAUUAGUUGAAAUUUCACACACUUGUUCUCUGUGAUUGUCUAACAUAAUUAGAACAGGUCCCACAACUCUUGACUUACCGUUUUACAGAGUGCAGAGUUACCUUUUCUGUCAAAUACUGGGAAUAGUUAAAACGCCCUGUCAUACAGACAGCUGUUGUUUGCUAACAUAGUUUAAUAAAAAACAUUGGCUUCACUGCCAAUAUCACAGGGGGACUAACUAUAUAUGGGUUGUCAGAAUGUGCUCUCAAAUUGGUUGUUUAUAACCAAAAUAAGUCAAUUUGAAAAACUCCCCUUCCAAUUUGUUGAUUUUUAUGCUCCACGUGUGGAUGUUUCACCCUCUAAUAUUCUGUUCUAAUGGAAGUGCCACUUGACUUAUCUUUUAAAACCGAAACACAGUGUGUUGGGCAUUCAGGGUUUGAUUGAUAGCCAUUGUUAUUUUAUUGGUACUUUAGAUGUACCGUACUGAGUAAUCUUUGUGAUGAUAAAAAUACCAAAAAAGUGUGAAUUUACUGACUAUAUUUGUUAACUAACUCUACUGUUAUUUUUUGUCUCAGAGAGAGGUUAUUGUGAUUAUAAACUUAUUUAAUAUACAUAGACACAUUUUGUGUAUAAAUGAUACAAUGUUAUAUUACAUUCAAUGUGAAUAUUUUGUUUUAAUUGUUGUUGUUUUAGAAAUCCAAGUAUACAGUAUCAUGUUUUAUGGACAAAAUUAGAAAUUGUUUACUUUUACUUUGUAUUUGUAGUUUACUUUAUAAUAUAUAUUUAUGUUUUGUUUGUUGUUAAGAUAGAUGCAUUUUAUCUCCCUUACUUAAAUCCCCACCCAAACACCAUGUUAGUAAUCACAUUGUCCAUCCAAAAUCGUGUCUGGAUCAAAACUUUGUCAUUCGGCUAUUGAUUCUCUUUAAAUAUGUCACAAAUUUUCAAAAUCAUGAGAUGUUUCAAAUCACUAUAAAACAAAACAUCAAAAAAAACAAAACAAAACUUUUGAGAAAUGAAAUAAAAGCAUUUAUGAGGCAUAAUGGGCCUUUAAAGUGAAGGGUCAUACAUGGACAAUGGCCGAUAAUGGAGUCUGUUUUGAAUGUUUAGCAUUUAUGAUUGAUCAUUCUUUGAUGGAUUUUGAAAUUUACUGUAAUUAUAACUUUGCACCAAUGUUCACCAUUCAGAAUCAUGGGGGGCAUACGUCACAUUUUAGUGACACUUCUUGUUUUGUAUUUUUUGUUAUUGAAUUCUCAGCACUUUUUAAA